AUGGAAGAGAAAACAACGAAAAGGGUAAAGAAAAAUCCAGAGAAAUGGCAUCGUUUUCAAAUAAUAUCACCAACACAGUCGAUCCUUCGAGGCAACUGUUCAAUCAUUGAUAAGCGUUUCAAACUGUUGAGUCGUGGUAAACAAGCCAGUGCCGCUGCAGUAGUCGGCAUUGUAUAUGCACAUCUAUUAGAGCCUCGGGACUGGACUUCAAACUUUCUCGACAGAGUCCUAGAGGAUGGUGAUAGACUAUUUCGUAUCAGCCAAGCACGUAACCGUUUAAAGGAUGAUAUUUUUAUGACUACAAGUUUAUUGGAGAAACAAUUUUUCGUGGGAGAUUAUAAAUGUAAUAUAUGUACUGAAAUUGGCAUAAUUUGUGGAAAUGUUAUUAGUGAAAGUAUAGGCUUUCCAGACCUCAAAAAUGGUCUUAAUACAUUCUUGAGGACUCCAAAUUUUGGAAUUCUCACAUCUCAAGAAAUGUCCGUUGCUAUUUGGAAUCGUCAAUAUUGCGGAUAUUUCUAUAUAGAUCCUGCACCGGUCAACGAAUGUGGAAAGAGGAACGUUUCUGGAUUUGCAUGUAUUAUUCGAGUACACGAUAUAGAAAGCAUUGUUAAAAUGUUUGUGGACAAUCUCAAGCAAAAGAUUGAUUCAAAAUAUUCUAUUGAUAAAAUCAGCGUAACAAAAAUAGAAGCUAUAGACAGAGGAAAAUACGAAUGUCAGAGAGUCUCUAAUAUUAUGGCAAAGAACAAAGUUUCUCUCAAGCCAAUCAAUGAAAUUACGAGAUCAAACUGUAGCAAAAUAGAUACAAUAAUGGAUUCUUCACUGAAGGAUACAAAAAAUGUUCAAGAAUUAAUUCGGAAAAUUCCAUUAACAAUUGAAAUGACAAAUAAUGCUAUAGAGGCUAAAUUCGGCCAAAUUCCGAUGGUAGACCAAAAUCUUUUAAAUCACAAAUAUACAUAUGAUGAGGUGAAGGCAAAUGUUCCCUCCACUUUUGUAACAGUAGCAGCUGAUCCAGAGAAAAAAAUACUUCAUGGCUGGACAAAUGAUACCAACGCCAUUUAUAAAGGGAAAGGCUCACAAUCAGUUGCUAACUGUGUAAUGGCUAUUGUAAUGAAAAAGCUUCAUCCUGUAAAAACUUGGUUAAGAAAAACACUCGAUGAUAUUUUGGCAAUGGGUGACGCCAUCUUCAUACAAGUUAAAAAUGCGAAACCUAGCAUACAAACUAUGACUGCCAUAGAUCUGGAUGAUACUCGCUUUAAGUUUGAAAAUAACAAAAUGAUCAUUGAUGUGGACUUAUUAACAAUCGUGGGCACUGUCAUUUCAAAAGUUUCUACAGUUUUAAACUUAAAGCAAGGUUUAGAAGAAUUUUUUAUUCAACACACGGAUGGUGUAUUAGAGUGUUCAUCAAUGGCUGUUACUAUUUGGAUGCAAGAAAAUUACUACUAUAUAUUUGAUUCUCAACCAUGUGAUAUAUCAGGCAUACACGUAAUUAUUAACGAAAAAGCUAUUUCAUCUAGUACCCUACAAUUACAAAAUGAAAAUACUGAAAUUAUGAAAAAAAAUAUUAUUGGCAAAUGUUGUGUUGUACGUUUUACAAGUUUGAACUCUUUAUACGAGCAUUUAUUAAAGAAUCUUGAUUCCGCACAGUUCAAAUGUCGUUUCACUAUUCGUCGAGUUAUUGUUGUAAACGAUAUACCAGGAAUUCGUGAUUGGUAUUAUUUCAAGCCAGCCAUAAUGGGAAAAAGUUGGAUACUUCGUGGAAAUAUAAAUAGUGACGAUGACACUUUUGAUGAACAUAGCCGCGGAAUUCAAGAUCUUGCAAUAUCUGUAGUCACUUUAAUUACCGCCCAAAUAAUUUUACCUUCGAAAUGGUCUAGACAGGACGUUGACAACACGGUACGAGAAGGAAAUGAUUAUUAUAAUUGGUGUAAUCCUCCAGCUGGUGAGGUGUUAAAACAGUUUCACUUUUUUCAAUUUAAUAACAAGUAUUUUGCAAUAUGGAAAUUUGAUGAAGAAUUUGCAGAUAAAAGUAAAGAAGAAGGAUAUUAUUUAUUUUGUGAUAAACCAUGGGAAAAUUUUUUAAAUGAAACUCAUACUGAAACUAAUAACACAGAAGAAUUUGCUUGUGUAUUGAAAUUUCCUAAUGUUUCUGAAAUUAUAUUUAUUUUGAAAGAACAAUUAGAAAUUGAAGAUGAAAUAGUUCAAUCUUUUUUUUUUAUUCAUGAAAUAAAAGUAGCUUCUAUGAGUGAGCAAUUAACAGAUGAAGAAAUUGAAAUAGAUAAAGUAACUUUAAUAAAACCAGAAUUACGAGCUUACACUGCUGUUGGUGAAAAUGGUGCUUUCCUAUGUGGUAGCUUUAAUCAAGCAAAUGAUAUUCUUUUCAAAAUGGAAACAAGAGAUAAACAGCAAGCUGCAAAUGCAUUAGUAACAUUAGCAAUGACAAAAUUAUAUGAUCCACAUCUCUGGUCUACUGGAGUUAUAGAUGAUAUAUUAAAAAUGAGUGAUAAAUUGAGCAAUGAAAGUUCAAAAAAUCUCCAAGAUAAUAGCGAAGAGGAUAUGGACAAUUCUAGACAGUAUCUGUUACCAAGUGAAAUAAAUCCCAGUUUCUUUCUGGGAAUAAAUGAAAUCACCGUAAAUGUUGAAGAAAAUUCUGUUAUAGGACAACUUAAUGACUUAACGAAAAAUUUAGAAGAUUUUUUUGUAAAUAAUAAAAUGGGAAUUUUCAGGAAAGAUCAGAUUAUUUUAUCAACAUGGAAAGAAGAAAGUAUUUAUUUUGCAAUGGAUCCAAGAGGUCAAAAAACUGGAAAUGCUACGGUGUAUUGGUACAUUGAUAUUUCUUCGUUAGCUGAAAUUUUACUUCAAUGUUGCGAAAAAUCUGAUGGUGAUUUCAUACUUGACAGUGUGACUAUAGAAAAUCAUUAUUCUAUCAGUGAACAUAUUCCAGAAGAUUAUAUUACGGAAGAUAAAUGGUACAAUUUUUCUAAAAUUGAAGAAGAAAGUUGGAAAAUUGAUUGCCACGUUACUCUAACAGAUGAAAUAUUUUCAAAAGAAAAUCAAGGAAAUCAAUCUGCUGCGAUCUGUAUAAUGGCAAUAGUGUUUUCAAAGGCAUAUGAACCACGCUAUUGGUCUACAGAAAUUUUGGAUGAAAUUACGAUCACAGGAGAUACAUUACAUUCACGGAGUGUAGCUUGCAUUGGAGAGAAUAAAAGUUUUCAAUGUAAUGAAAUAAUCAGUGAAUUUUUCAUUGCUAAUCGUAGAAUAGAUUUGAACAUUCAAGAUUGUGUACAAUCAGGAACAGUAAGUGGCAAAAAUCCAAGGAUCAAAGACAUUAUAACAGGGAUUUCAAACUUUUUUGAAAGAUCUUCUUCUGGUUGUAUAAUGUUUGAAUGUUUAAAUGUUGCAAUUUGGACAUACGAAAAUUACUUUUAUUACUUCAAACCUGGGCAUUUUUUAAUGCGCUUUGAAAAUAAAGUUACACUAGCCAAAAAAAUAAGAAUGGAUAUAGAUGAAGAUGCCGAUUUUAUUAUUAAUAGUAUAGAUAUUUUAGACUGGAAUAAGUUACCACCAUGGACAUUUGAUCCUAGUUCAGCAGUCAGACCAUCAAAUCUUCCACCACUGAACGCAUAUUGCAGAUUACAAGGAAGAGCUAGAGCUAUUUUACGAGGUUUUACUCAUCAGGCAUCAGAAAUAUUUUCUGAAAAUAUUCGUGGCCAUCAAACAGCGGCUAAUUGUGUUAUCUCUCUUGCUAUGUUUGUAAUUAAAAAUCCUGUCACAUGGACCAGAAAAACCCUUGAUGAAAUUUUAGCGAUUGGAGUUAAUUUGCAUCGUGAAAGUUUAAGAUGUACUAGUAAAACAACUACAUUGAAACCAUGUGAUAUUAUUAGAAUUUUUCACAUCGGUGUCAAUGUUUUGGCGGCAGAUGUUGAAAAGGCUACUAUUACUGGUAUAGUGACAACUCCUCCUCCAAAAUUAGAAGACGAAAGUAAAAAAGAUAAAAAUGUUUCCAAAGCAAAAUCUGUUAAAGAUAAAAAGAUCAGUAAAAUAAAUCGUGUUUCUCCACCAUUAUCCCCUCCAAUAUUAUUAAAAGAAGGACUUAAACAAUUUUUUGAAACAAAUAAUGCUGGAAUUUUGAUUGCUGGUCGAUAUAUGGUAGCAAUUUGGAUCGAUAAUGGAGUAUAUUUUAUGUAUGAUCCAAGAUCUAGAAAUCAUGAAGGUUUAAAAGAAGAUGAGAAUGAAGGAACUUCGUGUGUUGUGUGGUUUGCUUGUAUGCAACCUCUGUUUGAUUUAUUGUCUACAAAUAUUAAUGACGAUGAAAAAUAUGUCGAAUUUGAAAUUUCUAGAGUUAUUAUUAAAACAAUAUGCGUUGAACCUUUACCUUCUCCAAUUAGUUAUAAAGCAAUAAAAAAAGAACAAGAAAACUUAAGCAUUCAAAUGGAUGAAAUCUGUCCAAGUUCGGUUCAUAAACAGCAGCAGCAGCAGCAUCUACUGAAUAUUGACUUAGAAUCAUCAUUUAAACGCAUAGAUCAAGAAUCAAGCGUUUUGCUUGGUAGCAAUCACAUGUCCGAUAGACUCUUUUCUGUGGACAAUCGUGGGCUUCAGAGUACCGCAAUCGCUGCUGUAGCUAUCGUUGUGGCAACCUUACUUGCACCUUCCACGUGGACGAGUGAUUUAAUUAAUGCCACACUCAAAUAUGGAGAUAUCUUACACACAGAAUGCGCGCGCCUCACUCGUCCCGGUUCGCGUACACUUUCAAUCAGUGAGUUGCUUGAUACAUUCGUCGUAGGUGACGUUAGAGCUAGAAUACGCUUGUAUAAAAACACAAUGGCCGGUAUAACCUUGGAGCAUGACCUUGCAAGCGCACUUGAACUAUUUUUCACUACCAAUCUCUUCGGUAUUAUGCAUACCUCCAAUUAUGCGAUUGCUCUCAUGAAGCAUUGGGGUAAAUUUUACUUUUUUGAUGCAUCAGAAAGAAAUGGAUUUAAAGGCUCAUUUGAAGGCUCGGCUUGCUUAAUCAGGUGUGAAAACAUUACCAAACUAACUAAAGUUAUGCUGCAAGUAUGCUCUUUUAAAGAACCCACCGCAUAUACUCUUAAUGCCGUGCAAAUUUUAGAUUUACAUUUUUUCACAUGAUAUUUGACUAAUAAUAGAGCAACGAAUUGUUUUUAUAUUAAAAAAAAGAAUUAAUAAAAAAUAUGAUACGUACACGCGUGGGGGCUAGAUAAUUUACCAUAGACAGACAAGGAGGUACGAGGAAAAUGAGCGAAGGAGAUUUUGUAACCAUAGGCUAAGACUACAAUCGAUACGAGUAACUACUGACAGAAAGUUCUCAAAUUGCUAAUUUUAUUUAUAGUUUUAUGACACAAAUCACUUUUAGCAUCUACAUGAGUAGGAGUACAGGCUAUACGAGAAUGAAUUUGAUACAGAUCAGUUAUUAGCGUAAAUACAAUGUCUCAAUUACAUGCUAUGAACUAGAUACUUAAAAAACACUGUACAACGCAGCCGAACUGUCGGACAUACUUUACAUAUAAUACAAGCGCGCCCAAAAGCAAGACAUUCGUUCGAUCAGUUGUUUGUUUCGGGCGCGCAUUUUUGUUGUCUGCACUUUCUCUGCUAGCAAUGCAAGACAUUCGUUCUCUUUUACAUUUAUUUGUGUUUUUUCACCUUCAACUUACAUUUUGCAAUUUGUAGCUUGUUCAAAUUACAAAACUAUACUUAGCGAAUGUAAAUCCAACGUUCUCUCACUUUUUUCAACUCUGUUAUUAUAAA